UCGAGGCUGUCAAAGGCACAGUAUGUCAUAUUCCCGGGGACUACCUCUCAAAGCCACAGCACCGGCUCAGCUAUCAAGAGACGGGGAGGAAAUCAAACUUUUUGGAUCACAGCACUAGAUAAUGAAUUACAUGAUCACCUCCUGAGAGAUUACAAGUGUGAGAGCAUCAGCCGGCGUGGACAGAGCGGAUCUGGAGUCUUAUCCUACGGAGCGAUCGCAAAACUACAAUCAAAGAUGGAUUCUGAAGGUGAGGAGCAAACCCUGACAACAUGUAACGGCAGCACAGGGAUGGCCAACUGCAUCGCCGAGACACACAGCCCAUAUGGGUCCAUGGCGAGGAAGAGGAGCGCUCAGGAGGGGGUGCACGGCGCCCCCGUCAACAAGAGAAAGUCCCUGCUGAUGAAGCCCCGCCACUACAGCCCCAGCGAGGCAUGUGAAGAGGAGAGCGAGGACCUGGCACCGCCACAGGACAAAGACGAGCUGAGGAACAUUGACACUCCAGCAGAUGAGAACUUAUGUGCAAUCGACGGAGUCGCCUACAAAAAUGUCUGCCGCGGCGGCGCAGCGAAGUCCGGCGAUUCUCUGGGAUGGUCCGAAGUCACGUCAGACGGCUCUCCCCGGUGCGAGCCGGACGCGUCCGAGCCUCCGAUGGACGAAGACGGCGAGGAAGAGGAGCUCCUUAACGAUGAAAGAGAAGACCGAAGUCGAGACGGGAUGAGCGGCGCGUCGUCGCCGCGGAGUCCCUACGAAGACCCGAGGGAGGCCGAGUGGGAGCCUCUGGCCUCCCACCGGAGCCCCGCCGCGGCCUCCGAGGACCUCUCGGGCCGGAGCGGCCCCGUGAAGGAGGAGCCUCGCUUAGAGCCGGGCGGCCCGAUGGGCAGGGCGAGCGUUCUUCAGGCCGAGGCUCUGAGGUACAGACCGCCGCAGGAGGAGGAGGAGGAGGAGGAGGAGGACAGCGAUGGGGAGGCGGAGGCGGAGAGGCCCCCGCCUCGGCUGGACGGCUGGGCUCUGGGCCUCCACGAAAGAGGCCCGGACAUGGGCCGAGGGAGGGUGAACUUCAGCCUGUUGGAGCAGGCCAUCGCCCUGCAGACGGAGCAGAGGCAGGUCCUGCACCACGCCUACCGGGAGAUGGACCGGUUCCUCAUGGAGCAGAUGACCAACGAGAGGAGGCAGCACAGGAUGAUGGACAUGGACAGCAGACUCAACUAUCACGGAGGAAAAGAUUCUCCACGCACAGAUAAAAAGGACAUCAAGUGUCCGACCCCCGGCUGCGACGGCACCGGUCACGUGACCGGCCUUUACCCGCACCACCGGAGUUUGUCUGGGUGUCCUCACAAAGUCAGAGUUCCUCCAGAGAUCCUGGCCAUGCAUGAGAACGUCCUCAAGUGCCCCACACCCGGAUGCACAGGAAGAGGCCAUGUCAACAGCAACCGUAGCACCCACCGGAGUCUCUCCGGCUGCCCGAUCGCCGCCGCCGUCAAAGUCUCCAAACCUCAAGACGAGAGCCUGAAAUGCAGACAGACCCCCGACCGCUCCCCGAGAGCCAUCGGCUUGAUGAAGAACUUCGAGAUGAACCAGUUGAACUACCGGCUCUCUCACCCAGUAGCAGCCUUGAAGACGAGCCUCACGAAAGACUUGGACAAGUUCAGCAGGAUCCGCUUUGACUACGCCAGCUUUGACGCGCAGGUGUUCGGCAAGCAGCCUCUGAUGGGGCCCGAGCAGGACCAGGACAUGCCGCACUUCCCCGAUUCACCUCAGCAGUACCACGCCUUCCUCGGCGCCCCCGGUGGCGGCGUGCCCGCCUCCGGUCAGCGCAGCCCGCCGAGUCAAUUCAGAAAAGAAGACGGUCUCCAGGCCGCCGCGACAACGGCCGCCAUCCUCAACCUCUCCACCCGCUACCGGAAGAACAUGGAGGCUGUCGCCGGGCGGCCUUUGGAAACCUCCACAAAGGACAUGCUCAUCGAGGUGGAUGAGAACGGCACCCUGGACUUGAGCAUGAAGAAGUCCAAGGACAACGUCAACGUGGCGGCGGCGGCCAGGACGCCUUCGGACGAGCCGCUGUCGCUCUGCGAGGCCGCCGGGGCCAAAGGCGGGAGCGUGCUCAUAAGCCCCGCCUUCUACCAGCCGCUGUGCGAGAGAGACAGCUGGGACGGGCCCAUCCCGGUCAACUUCAGCAAAGCUCACAUGUUACAGGACGCAGAGGAGGAUUACGACCGCAUGUCCGUCUUGGAGGACCAACAGUACCAAGCGGACGGCGGCGUGAUGAGCCCCAAAGCCAAGCUGCUGUUGCGAGACGCGAAGAAAGAGCUUCUGAGCUGUCCGACCCCGGGCUGUGACGGCAGCGGCCACGUGACGGGGAAUUAUGCAUCGCAUCGCAGUGUGUCUGGAUGUCCCCUGGCUGACAAAACACUCAAAUCACUGAUGGCAGCCAACUCUCAGGAACUAAAGUGCCCGACACCUGGCUGCGACGGAUCCGGACACGUGACUGGGAACUACGCUUCACACAGAAGCUUGUCAGGAUGUCCACGUGCCAGAAAGGGAGGUUUGAAGCUCACACCAAACAAGGAUGACAAAGAUGAGCAAGAGCUUAAGUGUCCAGUAAUGGGAUGUGACGGACAGGGCCAUAUAUCAGGGAAAUACACAUCCCAUCGCAGCGCGGGCAGUUGUCCGCUCGCUGCCAAAAGACAGAAGGAGUCGUCCAUCAACGGGCUGCCCUUUGCCUGGAAGGCCAAUAAACAGGAACUGCCCCAUUGUCCCUUGCCUGGCUGCAACGGCCUUGGACAUGCCAAUAAUGUGUUUGCCACUCACAGAAGCUUGUCGGGUUGCCCCCUGAACGCACAGAGUAUCAAGAAGAAGCCCUCGGAGGAAGAGAUGAUGACCAUCAAACUGAAAACCAGCAGUGGUGUCGAAAACAAAGAAGAUAUUCAACAUUUGGAUCACGAAAUCAAGGAACUGAAUGAAUCCAACAUGAAGAUAGAAGCCGAUAUGAUGCAACUUCAAACGCAGCAGAUAUCGUCGAUGGAAUGUAACCUGAGGACGAUCGAGGAGGAGAACAGGAUGAUCGAGCAGCACAACGACAGCCUCCUGAAGGAGCUCGCCCGCCUUAGCCAAGCGCUCAUCAACAGCCUCACAGACAUCCAGCUGCCUCAAAUGGGACCCAUCAGCGAGCAUAAUUUCGAAGCCUAUGUGAACACAUUAACUGAUAUGUACAACAACUCGGAGCAUGAAUACUCUCCAGAGUGCAAGGCCCUCUUGGAUAAUAUCAAACAGGCUAUUAAGGGCAUCCAUGUGUAAGCUGUAGAGCGAGAGGCUUCUUUGACUUGGGGUAAUGGCUCUAGAUAGCUCUAUUUCACUGAGGAGGGAUGGCUUGGCUGCAUGUAUAAGACGAGGCUUUUUUGGAAAUGUGUUUCCCGGUAAAGACACUGCACUGAGAAGAAUUACCAGCCACAUUUUUAACGCUUUUACCGUUUCUGCGUUCACUUGAUACGUUUAUCCCGGUGAGAUUUUUACCCCUCUUUGCACUUAAUUAUUUUGUAUGGUUUGCUUGAUUUUAAUCUGUAUCUGUUCAUGUCAUUCUUAUAUUUAUCGCUAUUUAUUAUUAUUAUUAUUAUUAUAUUUGUUCAGUGUAUUUAUUUCCUUGAUUUUUUUAUUUAUUCCUUGAAUUGUAAAUGCUUAAUAAUUAAGAAAUAUGUUUGACUUUCUGCACAUUGUAUAUUUACAUAGAAGCACAUUCCAAUUUCAUGGCAUACUUUCACCAUCUAGUGUUGAAAAACGUAUAUUAUUAUUAUUAUUAUUAUUAUUGAACCAUAAAUUGGAUCUCUCCCUUCAAAGUAAAAACCUACCAAAAUGACUAAGAAUCAAUAUUUUUAAGCAUUGCUUUUGCUUUCUUUAUUGGAAACUGAAUGUAUGGUGAGACAAAGUGAACACUGAGAUAAAAAAAAAAAUGCAAUGCAACUGUACUGUACCUUUUCUUUCUGAAACCAGUAACACCUGAAUGCAACCAGGAAGUGACACUGAGCAAAAAUGCAAAUCAUUCGGUGAAGUGAAUGUCAAGAUUCUGCUUUGCAUAGAAGAAGUGCAACAAAAAUCAAAAAAUUCACUUUGUCAAGAUGUCUUUUUUUCUUCUUCUUUUUUUAUAAAUAUAGUUAUUAAACUGCCUUCUGUGCACACACUUUGGAGUGUGCAUAUAGUAUGUGCCUAAAUGUAUAUGAAUCCAUAAAAGUAUACGAGUACUAUGUUUUGUGGUAGGACAGUAUUAUGUGAUGGUGUCUAAUUUAUUAUACAGUACAAUUAUUUUCAUAGGAGGAAAACGUUCCUGAUGACUGUUUAAAUACCGUCGUCUCAGUAGCUGUAAUCUCAGAGGCGGGUUUUGAAAUAUCACAACUGAGAUUAAAAAAGUCUGGUGUUUAUUUUAUCUUUUGUGAUAUAGCAUGGGAGAGGGGAGGGGGAAAAAGGAAGGAGUGAAUAAAAACAACAACAUCUAUUCCUCUUUUAUCUUAAAUUGCUUACAAGCCUUAAUAUUUCAACCAUCAGAGUUUGAGUAUUCUUAACGUAACGCGUGGGGCAGAUUUGAACAGUAGCUAUUUAAAAGAUAAAUAAAUCGAGCUGUCUACCGCCACAACUCGCAUUUUGGUUUCAAUCAUUAAAUGCAACAACAACAACAAAAAAGGGAAGAAAAAAGUUAUGAAAACAUAGACAAAUGGUAGUUGUUGGCAUCAAUUGCACUUUUGUAUUUAAUUAUUUUGUAUUUUUUGUUCAGCGUACUGCCCUUCAACAAAAAGAGGGAAAUGGGACACUACUGUUGUCACGUCACUGUUCUAUAAGAAGUUAAACCCACAAGACAAAUGACAGAGUAAUUCAUUUGAGCAAUACCUUUUUAAUUUCUGCAAAAAUAAGUCGUGUAUUUGAGGAGAAUUCGAAGAGGAAAAAAAUUAACAGCAAAAGAGCCAAAUUACAGAAAAAAUAACAACCCUAUUUUAUCCAAAAACUUUGAAAAAAAAGAAAGAAAUUGACUCAAAUUCUUUAAACUUAGCAAUCCUUUAUUUAUAAUUUUGUAUAUUUAAUUCCUAAACCACACAUUGUUUGCUCAGGAAGUUUUGUGAAUAAUAUUUAUUUUUCCCUGUUAGUAUUUGAUGUUUUGUAAUGUGAAAUGCUUUUUUUGUGGAACGAUAUUAGUCCGAUAUGAAAUUGUAUUGUAUUGUAUUUUCUUUUAAAUUAAAAUGUAAUGCUUUUUUUUCUUCAGUUGAAGUAGUUUGUAAAUUGAAAACUUCCUAUUACUUUUAAUAUUUCAUAAUAAACAGAUAUGCGCUGUGUUGUACAGUUUGUGUAUGGUAGAAAUAAACUUUUCAAAUGGU